GCUCGCUCACCCACUUGCACACACUGUCAUGGCGGCGGCUAGCCGGAGCCGAGCGUUUCAGGAAGAGAUGGCGCUGUGAAGGAAAGAAAAGAUAGAUAAACUCCGAGAAGAAAUUGCCAGCGCGCCACGGAGCACUUGUAGGAGCCGCGGAGGAUUUCAGUUCCCUUUUCGGAGUGCUUUUAGCUGUCACAGAAAGAGAGAGAGAGAGAGAGAGAGAGAGCGCUCAUUAUCCUGCUCCGAAGAAGAAGAAGAAGAAGAGAAGUCCAGCAGCACUUGAUGGAGACCGACUUUUAAGGCUUCUCUUCGAAACGCUGAGUUUAAUCGAAGGUGCAUAUUUAAACCCGAGUCACCUUGAAGAGGAACAGGUGUCUCACCUGCUAUGGCGGAGGAGAAAGCGCCCCCUGGUGGAGGGGGCAUCACGCCCACCGUGCCCAUCAGGGGCAUCCGGAUGAAGUUCGCCGUGCUGGAGGGUCUCAUCGAGGCGGGAGAAGUCACAAACCGAGACAUCGUGGAGACGGUGUUCAAUCUGCUGGUCGGCGGUCAGUUUGACCUGGAGAUGAACUUCAUCAUCCAGGAGACGGAGAGCAUCACGUGUAUGGUGGACCUGUUGGAUAAGUGUGAGGUGACGUGUCAGGCCGAGGUGUGGAGCAUGUUCACGGCUGUUCUGAAGAAGAGCGUGAGGAACAUGCAGGCCUGCACCGACGUGGGUCUCAUCACACUUGUCCUGCAGAGGAUAGACAGAGCGGACAACAUGAUCGCAGACCUGCUGGUGGACAUGUUGGGUGUUUUGGCAAGUUACAGCAUCACAGUGAAGGAGCUGAAGCUUUAUUUCAGUAAACUCCAGGGAGAGAAAGGACAGUGGCCUCCUCAUGCUGUGAAGCUGCUCUCGGUGUUGAAGUCCAUGGCCCAUCACUCCGGCCCUGACGCCUUCUUCACUUUUCCUGGAAAGAGUGCAGCGGCUAUAGCACUUCCACCCAUCGCUAAAUGGCCGUACCAGAAUGGCUUCACCUUCCACACCUGGCUACGGCUGGAUCCCAUUAACAACAUGAACGUAGAUAAAGACAAGCCUUACCUGUACUGUUUUCGGACCAGUAAGGGUAUGGGAUAUUCGGCUCAUUUUGUUGGUGGAUGUCUGAUCGUUACUGCCCUAAAGGCCAAAGGGAAAGGAUUCCAGCACUGCGUCAAGUUCGACUUCAAACCUCAGAAGUGGUACAUGGUGACCAUUGUGCAUAUCUACCAUCGCUGGAAGAACAGUGAAAUCAGCUGCUACGUGAACGGAGAGCUGGCAUCUUAUGGAGAGAUCACGUGGUUUGUCAACACCAGCGAUACGUUUGAUAAAUGUUUUCUGGGCUCGGCGGAGACGGCGGAUGCUAACCGUGUGUUUUGCGGUCAGAUGGGGGCGGUGUAUCUUUUCAACGAUGCCCUCAACGCCGCUCAGAUCUUCGCCAUCUAUCAGUUAGGCCCCUCCUACAAGGGUGUGUUUAAGUAUAGAGCAGAAAGCGACCUGCUGUUUGCAGAUCAUCAUAAAUCUCUGCUGUAUGACGGCAAACUGAGCAGCAGCAUCGCCUUCGCCUACAACCCUCGAGCUACAGACGCCCAGCUGUGCCUCGAGUCAUCACCCAGGGACAACCCAUCCAUCUUCAUACACUCUCCUCAUGCUCUGAUGCUGCAGGAUGUGAAGGCUGUGGUCACUCACUCGGUUCAGAGUGCUGUUCACUCCAUCGGAGGAGUGCAGGUUCUUUUCCCUCUCUUCACUCAGCUGGACUUUGUGCAGCCGAACAGUGAAGAGCCAGACAUCUCUGUCUCCUGCACUCUGCUGUCCUUCCUGUUGGAGUUGUUGAAGUUGUCCGUAGCGAUGCAGGAGCAGAUGCUCACCUGUAAGGGCUUCCUCGUCAUCGGCUACUCUCUGGAGAAGUCUUCCAAAGUCCAUGUAACGAGGCCCGUGCUGGACAUCGUCUUGUCAUUUGCUCGGUAUCUGAGUAACCUGCCCAACGGCAUCUUACUGCUCAAACAGCUGUGUGAUCACAUCCUGUUCAACCCGGCCAUCUGGAUACACACACCAGCCAAGGUGCAGCAGGUCUUGUACACGUACUUGGCCACGGAGUUCAUCAGCACAGUGACGAUCUACAACGCCGUGCGCCGGGUGGGAACCGUGCUACAGGUCAUGCACACGCUUAAAUACUAUUACUGGGUGGUGAAUCCACAGGACCGCAGCGGUGUGAUACCUAAAGGCCUCGAUGGUCCGAGGCCCAAUCAGAAGGAGAUCCUCUCUCUCAGAGCGUUCCUGCUUCUCUUCGUCAAGCAGCUCAUCAUGAAGGACUCGGGAGUGAAGGAGGAUGAGCUGCAGAGCAUCUUAAACUACCUGCUGACUAUGCACGAGGAUGAUAACCUGAUGGACGUCCUGCAGCUGCUGGUGGCGUUGAUGUCCGAACACCCGAGCUCCAUGGUGCAGGCGUUCGAUCAGCGUAACGGCAUCCGGGUGAUUUACAAACUCUUGGCGUCUAAGAGUGAAGGGAUUCGAGUGCAGGCUCUGAAGGUCCUGGGUUAUUUCCUCCGCCAUUUACAGCCCAAGAGGAAGUCUGAAGUGAUGCUGAGUCACAGUUUGUUUUCUCUCCUGACUGAACGGCUCCUCCUGCACUCCACUCAGUUCUCCAUGACCACCUACAACGUCCUGUUCGAGAUUUUGACGGAGCAGAUCUGCACACAGGUGAUCCACAAGCAGCAUCCUGAACCCGACUCCACCGUCAAAAUCCAGAACCCACAGAUCCUAAAGGUGAUUGCGGCUCUGCUGAAGAACAGCGUGUGUCCGGAAAGCAUGGAGAUUCGCCGAGUCUUUCUGUCCGACAUGAUCAAAUUGUUUAACAGCAGCCGAGAAAACAGGAGGAGUCUCCUACAGUGCUCAGUGUGGCAGGAGUGGAUGCUCUCCCUCUGCUUUAUAAACCCGAGCAGCAGCGAGGAGCUGAAGAUCACAGAGAUGGUCUACACCGUCUUCCGCAUCCUCCUCUAUCACGCCAUCAAGCACGAGUGGGGAGGCUGGCGCGUGUGGGUCGACACACUCUCCAUCACACACUCCAAGGUCACCUUCGAGCAGCACAAAGAGAGCUUAUCCCGAGUUUUUCACGAGUACCAGCGGAUGGGUUCGGAUGGCGACGCCGAGAUCAGAACCAUUUCCGGGUCCAGCAGGAACAGUGAACUUUCUGUACAGCCACCUGGAACUCCAUUAGAACCUCCAUCCACUGUUAUUGAGCUAAAGGUGGAGGAACAAAUCUGUGGAGAACAUGAUGAACCUGAGCAGAGGGCGCAGGUCACCAUCUCAAACAUCUUAGCCAGAGCUGAGGAAGAGGACAACAAGGAAGAGGAAGAAAACGUGACAGAGAAGAAGGAGGAGAACGGCCAGGAAGCGGUGGAAGGAAAGGAUACGGUAAAAGAGGAAAAGAAGGAUGAAGAUAAGAGUGAUGCAGGUGAUCAUAAAACUGAAGAAGCAAACAGCCAGGAGGUAGAAACUGAUCCACAAGACAAUGCAGAGAAGAUCUCAGAAAAAGAAAUGGAUAAACCCAGAACUGGAGAUGAAAUGGAAACGAAAGCUGACUCAGAUGAAGGAGGAAAAGAAUCGGAAAGAAGUGAGGCUCAGAAGAAGGAUGUAGUUGAGACUGGUUCUGAGACUUUACUCCAUGGAGAUGGUGAAGACAAAGAACAGAAAGAGGAGAAAAAAUCUGAGAUUUCUGAAGAGGGCCCCCAGACGGAGGUGAGCCCCAGUGAUGAGGUGAGCUCCAGUGCGGAGGUGGGUCCAGACGUGGAGGUGCAGGCCGACAUAGAGGUGAGCCCCAGCACUGAGGUGGUCCUAAGUGCAGACAAAGGUCCUGGUGUCCAGGGAAGUCCUAGUGAAGAGAUGAUCCUCAGUACUGAGAAGGAUCAAGGUUUGCAAGAAGGCCCCAGUGAGGAGAAAAGCCCCAGCUUGCAGGAAGUUCCUAAUGUCCAGGAGAGCCCAAGUGUGGAGGUGAGCACCAGCAUGGAGGAGGGUCCGAGUGUUUCAGAGGGCCCUAGUUCAGAGACGAGCCCCAGUGUGGAGGAGGGCCCCAGUACUGAAGGGGUCCCCAGUUCAACAGCAAGCCCCAGUACACAGGAGGGUCCUAGCGUCCCCGAGAGCCCCAGUGCAGAGACGGACUCAAAGCCCAAAGCUGUUAAAAUCGCCAGACUGGACGUCUCCAGCGUCGCUAUAGACACGGAGCGACUGGAGCUGAAGGACACCUCAUCUGCCGAUGGAGGCCAAACCCAAGGGACUGCCAGCACAUCCACACAGAACCGAGAAGGUUCCUCAUCCUCCCCUCGGUCCAGCAUGUUCCGUAUCCCGGAAUUCAAGUGGUCUCACAUGCACCAGCGGCUGCUGACCGACCUGCUGUUCUCCAUCGAGACGGACGUGCAGAUGUGGAGGAGCCACUCCACUAAGACGGUGAUGGACUUUGUGAACAGCAGUGAGAACGUGGUGUUUGUGCACAACACGGUGCAUCUGAUCUCUCAGGUGGUGGAUAAUCUGGUCAUGGCGUCUGGAGGAAUCCUACCUCUGCUCUCUGCAGCCACCUCCUCCACGCACGAGUUGGAGGUGAUCGACGCGUCUCAGGGUCUGGAAGUGGAAACGUCUCUGUCCUUCCUGCAGCGUCUCAUCUGUCUGGUGGACGUCCUCAUCUUGUCCAGCUCUCUGAACUUCACCGAGAUCGAGGCGGAGAAGAACAUGACGUCAGGAGGAGUGCUGAGACAAUGCCUGCGCCUCGUGUGCACCAUGGCUGUGAGGAGUUGUUUGGAGUGUCAGCAGCACUCUCUCCAUAAAGCCGGAAUGGAGAAGACACAGCAAGGCCUUCUGGGAAAUGCCAAGUUUAUUCCAGCACAGAGUCCCGUCGACAUGCUAGCAGGAGGGAUCGCUCCAGUCCGCGAUGUGGAACGUCUGCUGCAGGACAUGGACAUCAACCGUCUGCGAGCCAUCGUGUUCAGAGACAUUGAGGACAGUAAGCAGGCUCAGUUUUUGGCUCUGGCUGUUGUUUACUUCAUCUCCGUUCUCAUGGUGUCCAAAUACCGAGACAUCCUGGAGCCUCAUAACGACAAGAGAGUCAACACGCGCUCUGUUCGGAGCACAGAAAGCGUUAGUUCUGACCAUGAAAACUCCUCCCCUGUCCAACGCCGUGACUCCGCCCCUCCUAACGAGCUCUCACCUGUUUCCCCGAGCAAUACGGAACCCCGCUCGGCGCCCGACGCCGUCUCCGAGGCCCUGUCCACGUUGUCGUCUGAGGUCAAAGGUCACGAGAACAUGGACAAGGAUAAGAAGGGGAAGAGCGUCAAGGUGAAGGACAUUCUGCGGAGCCUGGUAAGCUCCGCCCCUGCCGAUGAUGUCAUCGUGGACGCAAGUCUCUUACCACCAGCGUUUCUGGGGAAACAAGAACUACACACCCAGUUCAGCUCAUUCGACAGGAGUGUUGUUGUGGGAUCUAAGAAAGUGGGCGGAGCUCCAGCAGCAGCAGGGCCCUCCCCCUUGCCCUCCUCCACCCUCGCCCCCCAAUUCACCGCCGCCUCCGCAGGUGGAACUCCAGUCGUCAGCGUUUCUGUGGUUUCCGCAGGUGACUCCGCCCCGACUGGUGCUGCAGAGUCAGGAGGAGCAGCAGCUGCUUCGAACCUGCCAUCUGUUCCCCUCUCACCUACCACCACCCUGAGUAUUUCGGAGAGACUGGAACACGCUCUGGAGAAAGCUGCUCCGUUACUGCGUGAGAUCUUCGUGGACUUUGCUCCAUUCCUGUCCCGAACUUUACUGGGGAGUCACGGGCAGGAGCUUCUCAUCGAGGGGACGAGUCUGGUGUGUAUGAAGUCCAGUAGCUCCGUAGUGGAGCUCGUCAUGCUGCUAUGUUCUCAGGAAUGGCAGAACUCCAUCCAGAAGAAUGCAGGUUUAGCCUUCAUCGAGCUCGUUAAUGAGGGAAGGUUGUUGAGCCACACAAUGAAGGAUCACCUCGUCCGUGUUGCAAAUGAAGCCGAGUUUAUUCUGAGUCGACAGAGAGCUGAGGACAUACACAAACAUGCUGAUUUUGAGUCUCACUGUGCUCAGUAUGCGGCGGAGAAGCGUGAAGAAGAGAAGAUGUGUGAUCACCUGAUCCGAGCCGCCAAAUACCGUGAUCAUGUGACCGCAACACAACUCAUCCAGAAGAUCAUCAACAUCCUGACUGACAAGCAUGGAGCCUGGGGAAGCUCCGCCCACAGUAAGCAGUGUUUUUGGCGGAUGGAUUUUUGGGAGGAUGACCUGAGGAGACGUCGUCGCAUGAUCCGGAAUCCCUUUGGGUCAUCACACUCUGAGGCCACACUCAAAUCUGCAGCUGAGCAUGCUCCGGAGGACGACGUGCUGAAGGGGCAGCAGCUGGGGAAAGACACAGCGAGGAACCAGAGCUCCGAGAGUGAGAGUUUAACGGAGGGAGACGACGAGACCAUCUCAUCUCUGGAGGAGAAAGAGCUGGACAGUGUCGCAGGCACGGUGUCUCUCAGCACGGUAGCUGAGCUGGUCUCUCCUGCACUGGUCAUGAAGGGAACUCUGUCCAUCACAGCUCACGAGGUUUACUUUGAGGUGGACGAAGAUGAGUCGAGCUUCAAGAGCGUCGACCCCAAGUUGUUGGUCUAUGUAGAUGGACUGCACGGGAAGUGGAUGUUCUCAGAGAUUCGAGCGAUCUUCUCACGCCGGUAUCUCCUUCAGAACACGGCGCUGGAGAUCUUCAUGGCCAAUCGGACCUCGGUGAUGUUUAACUUCGCUGAUGCUGCUACGGUAAAGAAAGUGGUUCACGCUCUGCCUAGAGUCGGAGUCGGCACUAACUUCGGCCUGCCUCAGACCAGGAGGAUUUCUCUGGCCACUCCUAAACAGCUAUUUAAAGCCUCUAACAUGACUCAGCGCUGGCAGAAACGCGAAAUCUCCAACUUCGAGUACCUCAUGUUCCUCAACACCAUCGCAGGACGCACCUAUAAUGACCUGAACCAGUAUCCUGUGUUUCCCUGGAUCAUCAGCAACUACGACAGCGAAGAGCUGGACCUCACACUGCCCAGUAACUACAGAGACCUGAGCAAGCCAAUCGGAGCCCUGAACCCAAAGAGAGCCGCUUUCUUCUCUGAACGCUACGAAUCCUGGGAAGACGAGCAGGUCCCCAAAUUCCACUACGGCACACACUAUUCCACGGCCAGCUUCACCAUGAUGUGGCUGCUGAGGAUGGAGCCCUUCACUACAUUCUUCCUCAACUUCCAAGGAGGGAAGUUUGAUCACGCAGACCGAACCUUCUCCUCCGUCGCCCGAGCCUGGAGGAACUGUCAGAGAGACACAUCUGAUGUGAAGGAGCUGAUCCCAGAGUUCUUCUACCUGCCAGAGAUGUUCAUUAAUGCUAACAACUAUAAUCUAGGAGUGAUGGAUGAUGGGACGGUGGUGUGUGAUGUCGAGCUGCCGCCGUGGGCAAAGAGUCCGGAGGACUUUGUUCGCAUCAACCGCAUGGCGCUGGAGAGUGAGUUUGUGUCAUGUCAGCUCCAUCAGUGGGUGGAUCUGAUCUUCGGCUAUAAGCAGCGUGGACCUGAAGCAGUGCGCGCUCUCAACGUUUACUACUACCUCACCUACGAGGGGGCGGUGAACCUCAGCUCCAUCACUGACCCGCUGCUGAGAGAGGCUGUAGAGUCUCAGAUCCGAAGUUUUGGUCAGACUCCAUCUCAGCUGCUGAUCGAACCUCAUCCACCAAGGAGCUCCGCCAUGCAGGUGACGCCUCUCAUGUUUACGGAGCAGAUGCAGCAGGAUGUGAUCAUGGUGCUGAAGUUUCCCUCCAACUCUCCAGUGGUGUAUGUGUCGGCUCACACUCAGGCCGGCCUGUCCAACUCCGCCAUCGUCACCGUCACGGCAAACCGCAUCUUCUCCAUUAACAAGUGGCAUGGACUCACUGGUCACCAGAGCUCCUCGAACCCAGAGCAGCAGUACCAGUUACCAGUGGAGAUCGACCCUGUGAUAGUGGCUAACCUGAUGCACCGCAGACAGGUGUGUGAUUUAUUGGAUCAGAGUGUGGAGGUGAACUCACACUGCUUCCUCGUCUCAGCUGACAAUCGCUUCCUCUUCAUCGCCGGCUUCUGGGACAAGAGCUUCCGCAUCUACAACACCGACACAGGGAAGCUGGUGCAGAUCGUGUUCGGUCACCGUGACGUGGUGACGUGUGUGUUUCGGUCCGAGUCCUACAUCGGCGGUGACUGCUACAUCCUGAGCAGCUCGAGAGACGCCACACUGCUGCUGUGGUACUGGAGCGGGAAACACUGCUGCAUCGGAGACGCACAGAACGAAUUUGUGACUCCCCGAGCGAUUCUGACCGGCCAUGACUGUGAAGUGACCUGCGCAAGUGUGUGUGCGGAGCUCGGAGUGGUCAUCAGUGGUUCCAGAGGCGGCCUGUGUCUGUUACACUCGGUGAGUGGAGAGCUGCUGCGUGUGUUUGAGAGCACUGAGAGGCCGAUGCUGAUGCAGGCCAGUGCAGAGGGACACUGUGUCAUCUACUACAGCUCCGGACACGUGUGUGUAUACAGCAUCAACGGCAAACUGCUGCGCGACACACACAUCGAGGACAACAUCAGGGCUAUGUUAUUGAGUAGAGAUGGUCAGUACCUGCUGUGUGGAGGAGAGCGAGGUGUCCUCACUGUGUGGCAGCUCCAUGAUCUCAAACAGCUCUUCACUUAUCCAGGCUGCGAUGCUGCCAUUCGCUCCAUGGCCAUAACCACUGACCAAAGAUGUAUCAUAACAGGCAUGGCUUCAGGCAGCAUCGUUCUCUUCUACAAUGACUUCAACAGAUGGCACCAUGAGUACCGGACCCGGUACUGAUGCCUGUUACCACGUCACACCCGGUCACCUUGACGACCCGGUGACCGUGGCGACGGUGCGGUGCGGUGGAAUCCUGAACACUGAAUGUAAUCAGAAUAGCAUAGUUAUUUUUUAAUAAAGAGUGUUUUGUAGAUCUUCUAGAAUUUGAUGAUUCGAUAUAUCAAAAAAAAAAAAAUCUAUUUUUAGCUCUAUUUUCACCUCGAUGCUAAUGUGAACACACAUAUACGUGUAUACAGAGUAAAUAUUAGGCAUGUGCCGAUACGUAAUGAUAAUAUCGAGGUUCAUAACGACGUUGCGAUAUCGUUCUGUUAAUAACGGACUGCCAUGUUGUAAGACGUCCGUCUCUGUACUGCCUUCCGAAUGGGACGCGCUUUAUCUCGGCUUCACGCAAAGCGCCAGUGAUAAAUCAAUAAAUAUCGCAUCGCCCCGGACUAUCGGCAUGUCCCUAAUGCGGUCCCUUUAUGUGCGUGCUUCUGGGCGAGUGGGGUUUUUUUUUUUCCUGUCUUUAAUAAUGUGACUGUUAUAUUUAGCAAACUCUAAAUUCUGACUAAAGGGAGAAUUAAAGCGACGGAGCAAGAAGUCAAACUCUCCACUGCGGAGCAACAAAGCCAGUUCCAGAUCAUAGCGCUCACAGAUCAUCACCGAUGUCUCCAGACGCUCACACUAGCUGUCUUUAUUCUAUGCAAAUGAGGUGUGACGCGGUAAAGCACGGCGUCUGGAGCGUAGUAGGUGAUUCAGACAAGCAGAUUUUACACAGACGAUCAGUGCGUUACUUAAUUUGUUAGCGACCAUCACGUGUCCGCGGUUACGACUUGCCGCUUGCUAACGUGAGCGUAUAAUGCACACCAUUUAUGCAGUGUCAUCGAAACUGUUAGACUAAUUGAAAAGGGGGCGGGGCUAAGCUGAUCUUGUCUAAUUAGCCAGUUACAAAAUGAAUCAUGUGAAUGUCAGUAUACUUAAGCUCCAUUUAACCUGCUUCCCAGUCUCCUUUCUCAGCUAGUACACGUGAUCAGAGAGCUAAAGCAAUAACCUUCCAUUGUGUGAUCGAAUCCAGUGUUUUAGGAGAAUUAGCUGAGCGACUGACUGUUAAACUCAUGAUGUGAACGACGCGAGUCUGAUCGUGGAACUAUAUAAAUCACAAAAUCCCGUUUCCCAUUCACGUGGGAUUAUUCCCGAGACUGUAGAGCGAUGCGAUUUUGCCGUUGAGGAUGACAUCCAUGAUGAUCUGUGCUCUCCGUUCUUUUAUUAUUAUUAUUAUUAUUAUAAUUAAAGGGCUGUAAUUUGAACCUUAGCAGAAAAUUAGCAGUGGUGAUAUCCUUUAGUAUCUGUGUGUGUGUGUGUGUGUGUGGAGGGGGUGAGGACAAGCAAACUGCAAAAUUUAUUAUUAUUAUCAUCAUCAUCUUUAUAUCUCUUUAUCUCUCUGUUAAUCAUGCUUCACAUCCGUCAGUCUACCAGACCCUGUCCUGGUGUGUCUUUACUGUAGCUGCAGUAUCUAUCCUAACAGGAAGUGAUAUCGUGAAUAGAAAUCUGUGGUUAGAUUAAUCCUUGCACUAAGAAAGCUGACAUGAUGUUCACUGUGUGAAGUGUUUAAUGAAAUCUCAACCCUGAGCUGAAACACUGGAGUGUGGCGAUGCUGAUCCGGAGAUCACUCAUCAUCACGCCUCGCCACUUUAUACUCAUUCCAUUCUUCCUUAAAUCCUUCGGAUUGGGACGUAAGCGUGCUGUAUACUGAGGCGGCCUCCUUUCAGAGGGAGCCUAGUGAUAGUCUGGUAUUAGCACAUGCCUCGCGGUGAGGACAGUGACGCCUUCACCUUCUUGCUUUUCUUGUUUGUUUUUUUGUUCCUAUAUUUUGUUUCCAUUGACAAUCAAAGUGAAAAUGUGUGUGACGAGAUUGAAAUAAUAAAACAGAGUUUUAUAAGUGAA